AUGACUACGAGGAAGAAGAUUACAACAAUGAAGACAACAAAGAAGUUUAAGAAUACGAAUGAGAAGACUACAAAGAAGAGGACUACAAACAAGAAAAAGAGCCAUCAGCUGACUACGAAAAAGAAGACGAAGAAAGUGAACACUAUGAAGAAGAAGAAAGUGAACACUUUGAAGAAGAAGAAAAAGAAGAAGAAGACUUCGAUGACGAAGACUAUGGAGACAAAGACUACGAAGAGGAAGACUGUGAAGAAGAAAGAGAACAAGAACACGACUAUGAAAAAGAAGAACAAUACCAUGAAGAAGGAAGAAUACUACUACUAUGAAGAAGAAAAUUACAAAGAAGAAUAUGAAGACUACAAAUAA